AUGGCCAGCCCGGAGGAGCUCGCCGCUCCCCGCCCCCAGGCGCCCCUGCCAGCGGCCGGGGACGAGCCGGGCUCCGGCCCCGGCAAACUCCGCCCGGAGCCCCGGCGCAGCGCGGCCGGCGGGGGGAGCGCGGCGGGCCCGGGCCCGGCCCCCGAGCGGCCUGGCCGCGGCCGGGCCGAGCGCGCCGCGCCCCCGCGCCCGCCCCCCGCCCCCGCAGGCCGCGCCGGCCCCGCGGGGGGCCCCGGCGCGCUCUCUGCGCUCGGCGGCUGCUGGGUGGCGGCCCGCGCUCCCUUCGCGCUCGCCCUCUCCUCCCCCGUCCCCUCCUCCUCUCCAUCUUCCUCUUACUUCUGGCCGCCGCCCCCCCUGCCCCCUCCCUCAUUUCUCCCCUCCGCGUCUGCCUUUCGCCUCCCCGUGCGUCUCCCAGGGAGGGAGGGCGCGGCGGCGGGCGGCGGCGGCGGCGAUGCUGGCGGCGGCGGCGGCGGACAGGAGGCGAGAGCUCCGCUGAGCGUCCCCGCCAGCAGCAGUCCCCGCGGCGGCGGCGGGCGGCGGCGGCUCUUCCUCUCGCCUGCGCUCCACGGCUUGCUGCUCCCAGCCCGCGCCGGGCCGCGGCCGCCGCCGCCCCGGCUCCCCUUUGGCGCGGGCUUCCCCGGCUUCCCGGGCGCCGGCGGGGGCUGCUCCGGCCCCGGCCCCGGCCCCGGCCCCGGCGGCCGAACUCCACGGCGGCCCGGAGGCGCCGGCUUUGCGCUCGCCUCGCUGCUCUUCGGCCCCGACAUGGAAGAUGGACCUUCUAAUAAUGCGAGCUGCUUCCGAAGGCUGACCGAGUGUUUCCUCAGCCCCAGUUUGACAGAUGAAAAAGUGAAGGCGUAUCUUUCUCUUCACCCCCAGGUAUUAGAUGAAUUUGUAUCUGAAAGUGUUAGUGCAGAGACUGUAGAAAAAUGGCUGAAGAGGAAGAACAACAAACCAGAAGAUGAAUCGACUCCUAAGGAAGUCAGCAGGUACCAAGAUACUAAUAUGCAAGGGGUUGUGUAUGAACUGAACAGCUACAUAGAACAACGGCUGGACACAGGGGGAGAUAACCAGCUGCUACUCUACGAGUUGAGCAGCAUCAUUAAGAUAGCCACGAAAGCUGAUGGAUUUGCACUGUAUUUCCUUGGAGAGUGCAAUAAUAGCCUAUGUGUGUUCACCCCGCCGGGGUUAAAGGAAGGCAGGCCCCGCCUCGUCCCUGCCGGGCCCAUCACCCAGGGUACGACCAUCUCUGCCUACGUGGCCAAGUCCAGGAAGACGCUGCUAGUGGAAGACAUCCUUGGGGAUGAACGAUUUCCGAGAGGCACUGGGCUGGAGUCAGGGACUCGUAUCCAGUCUGUUCUUUGCUUGCCCAUCGUCACUGCCAUUGGUGAUUUGAUUGGCAUCCUCGAGCUGUAUCGGCACUGGGGCAAAGAAGCCUUCUGCCUCAGUCACCAGGAGGUUGCAACAGCAAAUCUUGCCUGGGCUUCGGUAGCAAUACAUCAGGUGCAGGUGUGCAGAGGCCUUGCCAAACAGACUGAAUUGAAUGACUUUCUACUCGACGUAUCAAAAACAUAUUUUGAUAACAUAGUCGCAAUAGAUUCUCUACUUGAACACAUAAUGAUAUAUGCAAAAAACCUGGUGAAUGCCGAUCGUUGUGCACUUUUCCAGGUAGACCAUAAGAACAAGGAGUUAUAUUCAGACCUUUUUGAUAUUGGAGAGGAGAAGGAAGGAAAACCUGUCUUCAAGAAGACCAAAGAGAUCAGAUUUUCAAUUGAGAAGGGAAUUGCCGGUCAAGUAGCAAGAACCGGGGAAGUCCUGAACAUUCCCGACGCCUAUGCAGAUCCACGCUUCAACAGAGAAGUGGACUUGUACACAGGCUACACCACUCGGAACAUCCUGUGUAUGCCCAUCGUGAGCCGCGGGAGUGUGAUAGGCGUGGUGCAGAUGGUGAACAAAAUCAGCGGCAGUGCCUUCUCAAAGACGGACGAGAACAACUUCAAGAUGUUUGCUGUCUUCUGCGCUCUAGCCUUACACUGUGCUAACAUGUACCACAGGAUCCGUCACUCGGAGUGCAUCUACCGGGUCACCAUGGAGAAGCUGUCCUACCACAGCAUCUGCACCGCAGAGGAGUGGCAAGGCCUCAUGCGCUUCACCCUGCCCUCGCGGCUCUGCAAGGAGAUUGAGCUGUUCCACUUUGACAUUGGUCCUUUUGAAAACAUGUGGCCUGGAAUUUUUGUCUAUAUGAUCCAUCGGUCCUGUGGAACAUCCUGCUUUGAGCUUGAAAAGCUGUGCCGUUUUAUCAUGUCUGUGAAGAAGAACUACCGGCGCGUUCCUUACCACAACUGGAAGCACGCGGUGACCGUGGCGCACUGCAUGUAUGCCAUACUGCAAAACAGCUACGGGCUGUUCACAGACCUGGAGCGCAAAGGACUGCUGAUUGCGUGCCUGUGUCACGACCUGGACCACCGGGGCUUCAGUAACAGCUAUCUGCAGAAGUUUGACCACCCCCUGGCGGCACUGUAUUCCACCUCCACGAUGGAGCAGCACCACUUCUCCCAGACAGUGUCCAUCCUCCAGUUGGAGGGGCACAACAUCUUCUCCACCCUGAGCUCCAGUGAAUAUGAACAGGUGCUUGAGAUCAUCCGCAAAGCCAUCAUUGCCACAGACCUUGCUUUGUACUUUGGAAACAGGAAGCAGCUGGAAGAGAUGUACCAGACUGGAUCGCUAAACCUUAAUAACCAAUCACACAGAGACCGGGUAAUUGGUUUGAUGAUGACUGCCUGUGACCUUUGUUCUGUGACAAAACUGUGGCCGGUUACAAAAUUGACGGCAAAUGAUAUAUAUGCAGAAUUCUGGGCUGAGGGUGAUGAAAUGAAGAAGCUGGGAAUACAGCCUAUUCCUAUGAUGGACAGAGACAAGCGGGACGAAGUCCCUCAAGGCCAGCUUGGAUUCUACAAUGCUGUAGCCAUUCCCUGUUACACCACCCUCACCCAAAUCCUGCCUCCCACCGAGCCUCUGCUUAAGGCAUGCAGGGAUAACCUCAGUCAAUGGGAGAAGGUGAUCCGAGGAGAGGAGACAGCGCUGUGGAUCUCGUCGCCGGCCGCGGCCCCCGACCCCUGUCCUGGGAAGACUGAGGACUGAUUGUGGCCCAGGGCCUCGUCUGCCUGGAGUUCCAUCGCUUCUUUGACUUUCUUUCCUUUUGUUUUUGUUGGGGGGAGGGAGGGGGAACCUACACCUGGUACGUGGGGUGCAAAGCUCUUCAAGAUGGUAACAUGAGGGACACGCGUCAGGCGGCUGACUUGCUGCCAGCCUCGGCGGAAGGCAUGGCAGACAGAACACCCAGUGGCCCCCGGGCUCUGAGGUCUGCUGGCCGCGUGGCUCCAGGGACUCCGCACAGUGGCCUUUGCCAACAGGCCCACGUCAAUGAGGCCGUCACGGAAAUGGACACAACGAUCCCAAAGGGUACUUCUCAUGGUUUCUUCCGAGUGGGGGUUAGAAUGGUACUGUCAUGGCCGCAUCCUGUGGCCUUUACGGUGGGGUUUGUUGUUGGCAGCCUGUGAUGGAGGUGAGUCGGAGCCUGCAGCCCAGGACAGGCAUCCCUGAGGCCACAGAGCAAGCAGGGAUGGGAAAAAGCCUUGCUUCAAAGCCCGGGAAAUUCAGGCAGGCAGACGGGAGUUGUUUGAGUUUGUACCAAAGGGCUUAGACGCAUCAAUUUCACCAUAAGCAAAGUAGACUUCUACCCUUUUGAGAAGAGAAGCAGGUGUACAUCAUGGCAACGCUCAGCCCUCCAAUGUCAAUCCAGAAACUGUCCGAGAACUUUUUUUCAUUGUUUUUUUCUUCAUUGUAGUCUUCGCAAAUUGACUGAACCUUUUGCAUAAAGAACAAAAUAAAAGCAAGGCAUAUACUUUUUUUAACCAUUAAGUCUUAUGGAUGUGAAAUGUGAAUUUUUAAUAAUGAUUCCUUUAUAUUUUUACUUUGUGUCACUGCAGAAAUUUAGAUUCAUUCAAAAAUGAAAGGUUAAAUCUAACUAUUAUUCAAUUAAAAUACCAUAUAUUUCCCUCAAAAUCACUUGAGACCAUAAAGUUCAGUCUUCUGUAAGUUCGUUUGGCUCUGCUGUGUGUGUGGCCGCUGCUCCGUCCUCAGAGCAGGAGGGAGUGGCAGUGCAGUUCUGCUGUCCCAGGUUUCUCCCUUCUUCACUCUGCCUCAGAGCAGACACCCACAUAGAGCUCUGUGGUCUGGCUGGUGGCUUCCGUGUAACUUGGCGGUUGGCUGAUAUGACUGUGCAUUGUAAAUGUUGUGAAAAGGCAUAAAACUGAUACUGCAGACCCCUUCGUACAAAGAUGAUUGGGCAGUCACUUCCAGUGCGUGUUAAUAUGUCACAGGUGUUUGGUACGAUGGUGCAGUAACUUCUAACUCUGGUUACUUCCAACCUGAAGAACUUAGAAUCUCAAGAAGUGAAAAGACAGUCCUUGACAGCCAGCCCAGAGUGAUACUCAUGAGCUUGGGUUUACAAAACUACAUUGGAGGAUUCUGCAACAAUUUAUUUAUGUUGUAGCAGAGUUGGCUGUCCAUGAGCAUUGUUCUUAUUUUAAAGUGAACGCUGUGUGUUUAAUUCCAUUAUGGGCUUCUGAACGUUGCCAUUUUCCCUAGAUGAAGCUCCAUUUGCUAUUGAAACUACAGGCUAUGAGGUAAAAAGCAUUACAAAAGAGAGGUAUACCACUGUGGCUGGAUACACACACACACACACACACACGUAUGUAUGUAUGUAUGUAUGUAAUGUGUGUAGAGACACAUAGAUGUAUAUUUGAUACAUGUAUGUAUGUGCAUAGACAUAUACAUGCAUGUGCAUAUAUGUGAUAUACACACAUGUAUGUGAGAGACUGGCAGAGACAUACAAAGGCAUAGGGAAGCCAAUGCCUAUGAAAAGUGAGACUCGGCCCUGUUCUUCAAAACCUCUCUGCACUGGGAAACAUCUGUUGAUUACAAAGUGGGAUCUUUGUGUGCCUUGUCAUAUAGCAGUGUAUUUUUUUCUGCACAUAAAUUUGUGAAACUGGAUCCCCAUGAAUAUAAAGUGAAUCCCAUACAUUCAUCCAGUCAUCUAAUUUAACUUAGAGGCUGAAUUGCAGGCGAAGAGAAUAGCAUUUAAGAUUUUUGCUUUAAUCAAGUGCAGGAAUUCUCCUCCUCUGUGCAGAACAGUCAGAGAAGUAGGACUCUCUUGGCCACGCUUGCCUUUUAAAGCUGCUGUUCUGAUGAGACAAUCAGAAAAAGCUGUCUCAGUUUGAUGCGGUCAGACGCGCCAAGUGACGCGACCUCUGCUUUGCACCUGCGUGGACUCAUUCGUGAGACUCUGUCACGACAGGAGCACAUGCCAGUGAAAACCGUUAACAUGGCUUUCCCUGUGUGCUGGGUUUACUAAAAAUGGGCCAGGGUAUAGUGGUAUUUAAUUAAUAAUUUGUGGGGGAAAGUGCAGAAUUUUUGGUAGAUAUAGUUAGAAUGCACACUUUAGAGUCCUAUUUCUUGUCUUUUUCCCAGAUCUUAAAAGGACAGUGUGGUACCAGAAGCCUGGAAGGAAGUUGUUUUGUUUUGUUUCAUUUUGUUUUGUUUUGACUACUGGAAGUUUUGAUGAGCUUCUCUUUAAGGUGAUAUAGUUCACAUUGAGCCACAUCUUCUGUGUCCAGUUUAAAUUUUGUAACCCACUGUGACUGUAUGUAGAAUGUUCACUUUGCAGAAAUUUAUAUGGUACACACUGAUGUAUAAUAGGCAAGGUUUAUGGUUCCAUGCAGUUAUCGCAUUAUCUUUUCAGAGUUCAUGAAUAUAUUUUAAAGUUAGAAAUGUUCUUGGAAACAUAAAUGUAUGCCAACAACAAUAAGAAGCAUUGAAUUCAAGCAGUGGAAGAAAAUCCUUAAAACAAUGCAAGGAUCUUAUUAAUGAGUAGUAGACUCGACAAGUUCAUCCUAAAACUUGAAAGGAAAUGCAAUGGCUGUGGACACUAGUGGUCCAAAGUGUUCCUUUGAGCAGGGCAGGGACUGUGAGCCAUUGCAUGCGACACCACUGCCGGACAAGAGCCCAGGCUGAAAUCAGCCCCAGUCGCCCUCCUCCCGAUGCCCCGAGGGGUGCGGAUCUGUGCAGGGGUUACAGCGCUGCUCCCCGCGCAGCAACAGAGCAGAAGUAGAUUUGCCCAGUGUAGGUCUCCUCUUUUUAGCAUGCUUUCUGAAGUUUUCAUUGUGUACAGUCCCAGUGAAUUUUGCUUUACUGAUGUGUUCAUAUUCACUAGAUACGUUUGUACAGGAUACCCAGAGAUGCAUAGAUCCUUAGAUACCUGCUUUUUCCCCAAUAGAUUUACUUAUGACUAUUGUGUUUCUGGUCUUUUAACUCAAAAUUAAGGUUUGAGCUUUAAUAGGACUAAACCAUGCCUUGAGCUGUGCCUUUAUUUUUAAUAUUGCAAUUUGAAUUCUCUAUUCAUGUACCCAUCAUUUUGCUUUUCUUGCUUAACUAUAACUGAACACAUUUAAGGGGACACACUCUGGUCAGCUUUAUCAAGCUGAAAGAAUAAGACCCUUGUCUCCUCGUCAGACUUCUGUACUUGAUUUUACUUCAUUGAUGUGUACCCUGAUGAUAAUCAACUAUUAAUGGACAGCUCAGAUUCGGUCUCUUUUGCAAGAACUUCUAAGAACUGUGACACUGGUUAUGAUAUGAUUGUGCUGGGUUCAGGUACAUAAGCAUGUUUUAGAUUCUUAAAAUCACUUCUUUGUUUAUAUGGUUCAAACGUGUUUGCUUUAAGGUUUAAAGACAAUAUUCAGUUAGUCAUUUUAGUGGUCCCUUCUAUUGAAAGCUCUAGUCUGAUUUUAAAAUCACUGUAAAAUGUAAAUUAGCUGAGUAAACUCUGAGGCAUUGUUUUACCACGCUUGUCAGCACACGGCUGUUAUACUUUUACAUGUGCUUAAGUUUUUAUCCACAUAAUUUUUCUGACUCCUUAAACAUUUAUUAAGCUUAAACUAAUGAUACCCAAUUCAGUACACAGGUUUCUGUUUCCCGUCAUUUCUUAUGCUGGAUAUCUUGGUUGUCUGAAGCACUGGAUACGUUAUAUAUGACUAUGACAAUGGCACAAGAAGGAAAAACAGUUCAGUGGUGUCGUGGUUCCCGGUGAAGAAGAUACAAGAAAGUGAUCUUCACUUACGUUCCUCUUCUCGACCUAACAAUGGAAAGCAGUUCCUUCUGAGUUGUACAGAGUCUGCCUGCUAUUAACUGUGAGUGCGAGAAAACUGUCGCUGAAGGCACGCAGGCCUGAGCGUGGCUCUGGGGACACCCAGGCAGCAAUGAACAGCCGCACCCGGGGUUUGUCUCGUAGAGAAGGAAAUCCCUUAAUGUGUUUCAUUUCUCCACUAAUAAUUUUGAAGUACUGUAUAUUUGCAGAAGUUUGGGUGGAAAGUUUUUAUUCCUGAUGUAAGUUAACUUUUAAAAGUGUAUUAUCUAAUACUCUUGCCCACCUAAAAUAUCAUUAGAUCAUGGGCCCUGCAACCUCUGUUGUGUUGUGUUUUGUUUUCAGUCAGUUUAACACCCAGUCCUGUUCUGUAUCUCAGUAGCUUAUAUAAACGACGUGCAGGACUCUGAUUCUCCAUACGGUCUGCUGUGUGGCGUGUAUGCUGUGUUCAUUUUGCGUGCAGAUUACAAUUACAAUAGAUUUCUCCAUAGCAGGCAUUGCUGCACAGUGCCCCUACCUGUUCGAAAUUAUGUGCUUGCCCAAAACACUGUGAAACAGUUACCAAAUUUGUACAAAUGCAACAUUUUGAUUAUUUCUGACAAGACAAGGUGACUUUCUUUCCAUGAACUCAUGAACAAGAGAGGUCCUAUAUCCACACCAAGCUGAGGCAUCCGAGUUGCGGCCCAAGCACUCCUUACUGACCAACCGUGGCUGCGGAUCAUACAGGCCGUGUGCUAUCAGAAACAUCUGCCCUGACGAACUGGUUAGCAGAGUCCGUGGAUCUGUGUCCAGAGUUGUAACGGGCUCUCCUUUGGAAGGACAAAGAAGUUCAAGUUCACAAUAUCCAACUUUAUUAUAGUUGAUGAGUUAGCAAAUUUUAAAAGAUGAUUUUAUAUAGACAUAUACAAAUCUUUGUAAAAUGCGCAAGUGCAAUAAUUUAAAGAGGUCUUAACUUUGCAUUUAUAAAUUAUAAAUAUUGUACAUGUGUGUAAUUUUUUCAUGUAUUCAUUUGCAGUCUUUGUAUUUAAAAGAAACCUUUGCUGUUAUGUUUGUAUAAUAGAACAGUGACCAUUUAUUAUAACUUAGGUAAGUUGUAAAUAAAUUCAUACUUCAAACAGCCAGUAUAUAUGCAUAUAUGGGUGUUAUAUUACAAAAUUUCUAUUUACUUAACAUGCUUAGAGCAGUGAGA